AUGUGGAAAUGACCUCCUCCUCCACGGAAAAUGGGCCAGAAGGUCUCACACGAGGACAACCAGGAGAACAAGGCUGAAACUCUAGAAGUCUUCAGCCAAGGUGUGGUCCAUGCAUCUCGAAGGCUGCAGGACUACCUUGGUUUCAUGGAUCCUCAGAGCAAAUUCCAGCCAGCCACAAACAUGCUGAGAGAGAUCUUUUUGGUCAACUUCAUCAGCUUCUUUGUGGAAAGAGGAGUGGAAGAAUGUAUCACAACCAGCAAAAUGACCAAGCAGCAGUCCUCCCUGUUUGGGGUGGACUGGAUCUGGACUCUAUCUGGAGCUGACAAGCAAAUCAAACUUCACGUUGCUGUGCAGGCUUUACAGCUGGCUGAGCUUUUCCAUAGCGAAGGCGGCCCCACUGGGGCGGUGGAAGACUGCUGCCGGGAAGCCGUGCUGGCAGAUGAGUGCUUCCAAAACAGGAGCAGGUCUGAGAAGCUGGCUGAGUCCUGCUGCCUGGUGGGACAGGACUGCCUGGGCUUGUUCAUCGUGUUUGGUGUGCCAGGGAAGCCCAAGGACAUCCGUGGAGUCACGCUAGACAGCAUUGCCAAGGAGGAGCAAAAAUGCCGCCUGUCGGGCAGGAAUGCUCUAGGGCAAUUUGUCACUGGUACUGACAGCUUCCUGCCCACAAAAGACAUGCUGGAGAACUGCCUCAGCACAAAAAUCUGA